AUGAGUGAGAAUAGUAGUAGCCAUAGUACUACUGGUAAAAAAAUCAAUCGAUCAAGCGUACGUAGCACCAAUGAGAUUGCGCCAGCUUCCAUGAUUUUCCGGAAUCUAUUGAUAGUAGAGGAUGAUUUACGUAGACAAUGGCGAUCACAACAACAAUUAAGGAAGAAGUUCACAGGGUUUCUCAUCUGUAUCAUCCUACUAAUGGUAUAUUGUGUUUGGAAUAUAUUUUUCUCGACUGAUAGCGUAGAAUCCAUCAAGAAUAAACGAAGUAAUGGGAAUAGUCAUUUUUUUUGGAGAUACCUUUUGAUCUCAUUACUGAUUACAAUGAUUCUAUUUCGAUUAAGUGGUGAAUACAAGAGAACGAUUACAGAGCCACGACGAUUUUUAACUCAAUCAAAUAAGGGAUUAAGACAGUUUAAUGUCCGGCUAGUACGUGUGCCACGAUCCCAAGCCCAACGAGCUUCUGAUAUAAUACGAUUGAUUUCAAACAAGUUGAUACAUAUAACCAAUUGCAUAUUGGUAGUGGUCCGAAUCUUUCUACCAUACUACAACAAUAUAAAAGAAUGGCUGGAGAAGGCAGAGAUUAAUACCAGCAGACGAGUUGGAGCUGUAGAUGUAAAAUUAGUAUUGAACCCUAGAUCCUUUGGCGCCGAAGUCCGAGAAGGUUGGGAAAUAUAUCGAGACGAGUUCUGGGCAAGAGAGGGUGCAAGAAGAAGACAAGGUACUACAACUACAACAUGA